AUGGAUAUCGAAUCCGGAAGUUACCAAAACAUCGCCAAGAAGGAAUCAUGGAGAACAGUGUUGACAUUAGCGUUUCAGAGCUUAGGAGUCGUCUAUGGAGAUUUGAGCAUUUCUCCGUUAUACGUCUACAAGAGCACAUUCGCCGAAGACAUUCACCACUCGGAGACAAACGAAGAGAUCUUCGGCGUCUUGUCAUUCAUCUUCUGGACGAUCACGCUCGUCCCUCUCUUCAAAUACGUCUUCAUCGUCCUCAGAGCUGACGACAACGGCGAAGGAGGCACUUUCGCUCUCUACUCCCUCCUCUGUCGACACGCCCGAGUCAACUCGCUCCCGAGUUGCCAGCUGGCCGACGAGCAGCUCAUCGAGUACAAAACCGACUCGUUCGGUUCUUCGUCGUCGUCUUCGUCAAUGAUUCCUCAGUCGGGUUUCGCGGCUGGUCUGAAAUCGACGCUUGAGAAACAUAGAGUCUUGCAGAAGAUCUUGCUUGUUCUUGCUUUGAUUGGGACUUGUAUGGUGAUUGGUGAUGGUGUUCUUACUCCUGCAAUUUCAGUUUUCUCUGCAGUCUCUGGUGUUGAGCUUUCAAUGUCUAAGGAGCAUCACAAGUACAUAGAAGUCCCUGCCGCUUGCAUAAUCCUGAUAGGUUUGUUCGCUCUCCAGCACUACGGCACACACAGAGUCGGCUUCUUGUUCGCACCUAUAAUCCUCCUGUGGCUACUCUGCAUCAGCUCCAUCGGUCUCUACAACAUCCUCCACUGGAACCCACACGUGUACCAAGCUCUCUCCCCUGUUUACAUGUACAAGUUCCUCAAGAAAACUCAAAGCAGAGGAUGGAUGUCUCUCGGCGGUAUCUUGCUCUGCAUCACAGGCUCCGAAGCAAUGUUCGCCGAUCUCGGCCACUUCUCUCAGCUCUCAAUCAAAAUCGCCUUCACAUCACUCGUGUACCCUUCCUUAAUACUCGCUUACAUGGGACAAGCGGCUUAUCUAUCGCAGCACCACGUCAUCGAAAGCGAAUACCGGAUAGGGUUUUAUGUAUCUGUACCGGAGAAGCUUCGAUGGCCGGUUCUCGUCAUCGCUAUACUCGCUGCUGUAGUCGGAAGCCAAGCCAUCAUCACCGGAACGUUCUCCAUCAUCAAACAGUGCUCUGCUUUGGGAUGCUUCCCGAAAGUGAAGAUCGUUCACACGUCGUCGAAAAUCCACGGUCAGAUUUACAUCCCUGAGAUCAACUGGAUCUUGAUGAUCCUCUGUUUAGCUGUCACCAUCGGUUUCAGAGACACCAAGCGGUUAGGCAACGCCUCAGGUUUGGCGGUUAUAACGGUUAUGCUGGUGACGACGUGUCUAAUGUCACUAGUGAUAGUACUCUGCUGGCACAAGAGCGUCUUCUUCGCGAUCGCGUUCGUUGUGUUCUUCGGCACGAUCGAAUCUCUCUACUUCUCUGCUUCGCUGAUCAAGUUCCUCGAAGGCGCGUGGGUCCCGAUCGCGCUCUCGCUCUGUUUCCUGGCCGCGAUGUGCACGUGGCACUACGGGACGCUCAAGCGGUACGAGUACGACGUGCAGAACAAAGUCUCGGUGACCUGGCUCCUCAGCCUCGGCCAGACGCUCGGUAUUAAACGAGUCCGAGGCAUCGGACUCAUUCAUACCGAGCUGGUCUCCGGCGUUCCGGCGAUCUUUUCUCAUUUUGUAACUAACUUACCGGCUUUUCACCAGGUUCUUGUUUUCCUUUGUGUCAAAUCUGUUCCGGUCCCGCAUGUCCGACCCGAGGAACGGUUUUUAGUCGGACGGAUGGGACCGAAACAGUUCCGGAUGUACCGGUGCAUUGUCCGGUACGGUUACCGGGACGUCCACAAAGACGACAUCGAGUUUGAAGGCGAUCUUGUUUGUAGCAUCGCCGAGUUUAUCCGUUCCGAAGCUGCAACCGCCGUCACCGCCGCCGCGGAGACCAACGGAGAGGAGGAGGAUGAAAGAAUGUCGGUCGUCGGGACUUGUUCGACGUACAUGCAAGGGAUUGAGGAUCAGGACGACGACCCGGAUAAGCCCGGGACGUCGGAGAUUCGGUCACCGAAGCCGCUGAAGAAGAAGAAGAGUAAGGUGAAAAAGAAAGUGAGGUUUGUUGUGCCGGAGACUCCGAAGAUAGAGAAGGAGACGAGGGAGGAGUUGAUGGAGCUAGCGGAGGCGCGUGAAGGAGGCGUGGCUUAUAUAAUGGGGAACGCGUAUAUGAAGGCGAAGCAUGGAUCAGGAUUGGUGAAGAGAGUCGCCAUUAACGUUGGAUACGAGUUUCUUAGGAGGAACACUAGAGGUCCGAGAACCGCACUUACGUCGCCGCAUGCGUCUACGUUAGAAGUCGGUAUGAUCUACCAUGUCUAG